AGAAGGAAGACACUCUCCUUAUUCUGACUAUUCCCAUUGAUUGGGUGACUGGAAGUUUACUAGACUCCCCAGCUCCCAUCCCAAGAAUAACAACCUACAGAAGUUCUGGACUGCAUUUCUUUUUGAAUUCUGGACAUAAUUCCUGGGUGAGACCAAUAAGGGCAGGAAUCUCUAUAGUCUUCCCUCAGAACAAUAGAAUCCAGUGACUGGCGAAACUAGGCUAAGACUUCGAACCUUGCAUUCCUCCUUGAAUUUCUUCUGAGGGCGAGACUAUCUUUGCCAUCCCAGAACUACAUUUUGCCUGGAUCAGCCAUCCUUGAGCCAUGCUGUCCAUUUCAGUUCUUCUCCAAUGCAACGGUUAUUUCCUGCUUCCCAUUAAUCUGCUUUUCUGGGCUGCAUUGGUCUCCAGGACUGUGGCCUCUCCAGUGCCAAAUUCCAACCCUCUGUACCAGUUUGAUGGGCAAGUCCGGCUUCGCCAUCUCUACACAGCCAAUGAACGGACCCACCUCCACCUGGAGAUCUUCUCGGAUGGCACAGUGCGUGGCUCCAAAUACCAGAACCUCUUCAGUUUGAUGGAAAUCAAAGCAGUAAAGUUGGGGGUCGUUCGUAUAUUGGCUAAGAAAACCUCUAGAUUUCUUUGCAUGGAUUCUGAAGGACAUCUAUAUGGCUCACUGUUGUACUCAGAAGAGGCCUGUAACUUCCGCGAGAUGGUUCUUCGAGAUGGCUAUAACGUGUACUAUUCAGAGGCCUACAAUCUUCCUGUUAGCCUCAGCUUGAUGGAGAAUUUGGCCCAAAGCCGUCAGCUGCCCCCUUUCUCCCAGUUCCUACCUUUAGUAAACAAGGUUCCCCUUGAACCCAUGAUCGUGGACUACGAAUAUGUUCAACAGGUACAUGACAUUGAGUCAGCUGAUCCCUUCAACAUAAUGGGUCAAAAUCAGGACUUGAGAAGCCCAAGUUUUGCCUUCAGAUAGAGCAGGACAAGCUCUGCCACCUCUAUUUUAUUGCAUUAAUAUGAAGAGUAAAUAUGAGGAAGACAAAUCAGGGCAAAGGAGCAGAAUGAUAAGAGGGAUGGAUGUAAUUGACUGAAGCCUUGUGGGAUUCCCAAAUUCCAAAACAGACACAGAAUUCCUGUUCUGUCUGAAUCACUUCAAAUUUUCAGUUUCCCAUUGUUAAUCUUGCUGGCUUUAAAAAAAAAAAAAUCCAAGGUUUUAUUUCUAUUUAUCCAACUAUUUAAGUAACUUAUAUAUUAUAUGAGGUUUAUUUAUUGAAGUAAGCUAGAUCGAUAAGGAAGCAGAAAGGGAAGGCAUAAUGUGAAAAUCUUUUGUGCACAGAUAUUUAUAUAUUGUUAUUUAUAUGCAACCGUUUAUGUGUGUAUAUUUUCAGCCUGCAUAUUUAUUUCCCUUUCUGGCGAGGGCCAGCCAACUGAAUUUUAAAUCUGAAUUGCACAUAUGAUCAUGAUUUUAUGCCUGAUAUGUAUUUACCUCCCCUUUCUGUAUUUUUUUGAGUACUGUUUCUGCAAAAAUCAAUUCAUGAGCCAUAGCAAUGGUUGCAAAGAGGUUGGGGGCUGCAUGUAAAAACAAGGCAGGGCUUCCAUCCGCCAUCUUGACUUUUUUGACCCCAACAGACUCCCCUGCAAUGAGGUUUAAUCAAAAGAGGCCAAAAUCCCCUUUGAGCCCCAUUUUUAUUUGCCUUUUUUUAA